AUGUCGGUGCGCCGAAGCCAGCGGCCGGCGCGGCCCGGGACCCGCCUCACCUGGCUGCUGUGCUGCAGCGCCCUGCUGUCGCCCGCCGCGGGGUACGUGAUCGUGAGCUCGGUGUCCUGGGCCGUCACCAACGAGGUGGACGAGGAGCUGGACAGCGCCUCCACCGAGGAAGCCCUGCCCGCGCUGCUGGAAGAUUCUGGCAGCAUCUGGCAGCAGAGCCUCCCGGCCUCGGCACACAAGGAGGACGCGCACCUGCGGCCCCGGGCGGGAACCGCCCGCUCCAGGCCGCCCCCUGCGCCGCCGGGAAUGUUCUCCUACCGCCGGGAGAGCGGCCCCGCUGCGGGCGCGGCCCCUGGCCCGAGGCUGCACGCCGGCACCGCCCGCUCCCUGGCCCACGCCAGCGCCUGGGGCUGCCUGGCCACCGUGUCCGCCCGCGAGCAGAUCCGAGGACUGCCUUUUGGGAACUGCCUGCCCGUCAGCGACGGCCCCUUCAACAACAGCACCGGGAGUCCUUUCUUCUACGUGACCGCCAGGGACCCCGUGGUGGCCGAUCUGGUGAAGAACCCCAUGGCCUCGCUGACACUGCCCGAAUCCGAGGGGGAGUUUUGCAGAAAGAACAUUGUGGACCCAGAGGAUCCCCGAUGCGUCCGGUUGACGCUCACCGGCCGGAUGAUGGUGGUGUCUCCAGAGGAAGUAGAAUUUGCCAAGCAGGCCGUGUUCUCCAGGCACCCAGGGAUGAGGAAGUGGCCUCGUCAGUACGAAUGGUUCUUUAUGAAGAUGAGGGUAGAACACAUCUGGCUUCAGAAAUGGUAUGGAGGAGUGACCGAGGUUUCAAGGGGGGAAUAUUUCAAAGCUGUUCCCAGAAAGGCCUGA